UCAGGUUCUUGAAAUCUCGGUUUUGGUUUAUUUUCGGGAAAUUUAUAUUUUCUUUCUUGAAAUGUUACAAAUUCAUAUUGUCUCUGCGUAGGUGAUAAAUCUCUGUACUUUUAGUACAAUUUCUAUUUAAAUUCCGGUACCUCUACCAUUUAACUUUUAUCUCUAUUGACAUAAUUCUUAAUAGGUUACAAAAUCAGUCUUCAAUAAUACUCGAAGAAAGUGAAAAUUUACUAUGAUGAUGCCACUAUUCAAUCGUCUAAAUGCAGCGUUACUGCAGCGGAUAUCCAUCAACUCGUACAGCACAGCAGUGGAGACGACCAGUGUGGCCAAACCGAAGACUGCUAUCAUCAUGCUGAACAUGGGUGGCCCGCAGACCACAGAUCAAGUUGGCGACUACCUCCACAGGAUAAUGACAGACCGCGACAUGAUCCAACUCCCAGUACAAAGCAGACUUGGCCCCUGGAUCGCCUCUAGACGGACGGAGGAGGUCAAGAAAAAGUACAACGAGAUCGGCGGCGGGUCACCUAUAUUGAAGUGGACUAAUACACAAGGCAGACUGCUAACCAAAGCUCUGGAUCAAAUGAUGCCCGAGACAGCCCCUCACAAACACUACGUGGCCUUCAGAUAUGUCCCACCGUUUACGGAAGACGCUUUCACGGAGAUCGAGAGAGACGGCGUGGACCGGGCGGUGAUAUUUUCCCAGUACCCUCAGUACAGCUGUGCGACCACGGGCUCCAGUUUGAACGCUAUCGCGGACUUCUAUAAGAACAGACAAGUCCCCCCCAGCAUAAAGUUCAGUAUGAUCGAGCGGUGGCCCACGCAUCCUUUACUAGCGCGGGUGUUCGCCGACCGAAUCGCCGAGAAACUGGACAAGUUCGACGAUAGGAUCCGCGACGAUGUGCUUAUUAUGUUCACGGCGCAUAGCUUGCCUUUGAAGGCGGUAUCGCGUGGAGACACAUACCCCCAUGAAGUAGCAGCGACUGUGGCAGCAACCAUGACGGAACUAAACGUACCCAACCCCCAUAGACUGGUGUGGCAGUCCAAAGUAGGGCCGCUACCGUGGCUACAGCCUUAUACUGACGAUGCGAUUAAGGCGUACGCGAAACAAGGCCGCAAGCACUUGAUUCUGGUGCCGAUAGCGUUCGUCAACGAGCACAUCGAAACGCUGCACGAAUUGGAUAUCGAAUACUGUGACGAAGUCGCUAAGGAGGCCGGUAUCACCCAAAUCGAGCGAGCGGCAGCACCAAACGACCACCCAACCUUCAUAGCGGCGCUGGCUGACGUCGUCGCCACCCACCUGAAGACUGGCCCGCCUGUCAACAGGCAGUUCCUUGCCAGAUGUCCACACUGCGUCAGUGCCAGGUGUAAAACGUCGAAAGAAUUCUUCAGGAAACUCUGCAGUUUACCUGACUUCAAUCUACAGAACGUGACCGUAACAUAAUAUUAAAGUGGUUCUAGCCGACUGCGCGAAAGAGGUUGUAUUUUGAGUGUAUGUACUAUGUUUGAUUGUAAGUUUUUUACCUUUAAAUUGGCUUGUUAGAUUUUGAUUAAUUUGAUAUGACACAAAUUCAAAUUCAGAUUUCAAAUUAAAGUCAACGGGUGCGUUUGGCGGAAAAUUGAAAUUGUAAAGGAUGAUUUACACGUCUUAAGCAGAUAAGUAGGUAACUAACCCCCUUACUAAUAAAACUUACACGUUCGUUGAACAGUGUUUUAAAGUGACGUCUAGUAUAGAAUGUCAUUUUAAAACAGCGUUCAACAACUGUGUAACUUUUAAAUUAGUAAAGGGGUAAAUGUUUACUUGAUUUUUCUGUCAAGUUGGUGGGCGGGGCUUGUCACUUGACACGUUUUGACGAGCAGUUUCAUAGUAAACAAGAGCUUGACGUUUGGAAUUAAGUUAAAAUUUAGUGACAAUGCAAUUUGAUCACUUAAAAUUAAGUUAACUACUUAAUACAUGUAAACCAGCUAUAAGUCUUGUCGGUAAGCGAUGUCACUGCUAAAAAAAUUAACGAAACAUCACUAUUGAAGUUGGCAAACGUGUGCUCACCGAAAACAGCGGAACAAUCGCCAUUAUGCUUAUAAGCGCUUACAUAAAAACUCAUAAAGCUCAUUUAUUUAUGCUAGUAGGCUUUUAAAAAGCACUUAUUUUUUUAUAAUUUCUAUUUUCCGCCAAACGCACCCAAGAUUUCAUUUUUUUAAAGAAUACAUUUUACACUUUAGAUAAGUUAAAUACCAAAAAGUCGAGUUUUCCGUUAAUAAGAAAUGCUGUGUUAAACAAGCCAUAUAAAAGUGAUGUAGAAAUAUGUUUGUAAAUAAUAAGAUUUUUAAUAUAUUCAAGUUACUAUAUGGUACUGGUUUUUAUGUAUUUCUUCUGUAUGGUAUAGCUGAGUACAGCCCUACCGAGCUACCGUACCAGAGCGGCGAUGUGACGUCACGGCCGCCUGGUGCGCAGAACUCGACCGGGUUGUAGGUUCGUGGUAGGGGUGAAAUGUGACGUCACGGUAUCUGUCUGAAGCACGUUUGAAGUCUCGCUGACGUUUGACAUUUCACAUUAGCUCCUUUCUACUACCGUAGGAACCUGCUCUUAAACGCUAGGUGCUUAAUGCUCGUUUUCACCAUCAAUUCCUAAUUUUUAAGUGACGCCCAGUAACAAAUAACAGGAAUUUUGCUGUUGGAAUAGGGGUCACUUAAAAAUUAGGGAUUGAUGGUGAAAACGGGCAUUACUCUACGACAGUAGAAACUGGCAAUAUUAUAAACUAACAAACUGAAUAAUAUUGACACCGGGCUGUCUGUUUCUACGAGUUUUGAACAAUAUUUGAUAGCAAAGUGAAGUAAUAUUGUAGAUACUGAGAUGAGACAGUUAAAUGUAAGUCGAUUUUUUUUGCAUAAUAUUAUUGUGAACAUCAGGCGGCCAGUUUCUGUUGACGCGACUAUACAUUAUUGUAUUUUUAUUUUCACUAAAUGGCUGCUUUCCCUUCUCAAAAUAAGUUUUAUCUUGCAUUUUAUUAAAAGACAUCCACGAUGCAUUUUUUCGCACAUUUUACAAACGGUAGCAGGUAUUGUUUUAUGGAUAAAUAAAUUAUUUUUACGUUA